ACCUUCUCUGUCUUGUGCCUUUAGCCUCAGCACCCCAAUCGGAUGAAGGCUCCGACAUUGACUCCGAACCAGAUUUGCCCCUGAAGAGAAAACAACGCAGGAGCCGAACCACCUUCACAGCAGAACAGCUUGAAGAACUGGAAAGAGCUUUCGAGAGAACCCACUACCCUGACAUUUAUACCAGGGAGGAGCUGGCACAGAGGGCGAAGCUCACGGAGGCCCGAGUGCAGGUUUGGUUUAGCAACCGCCGUGCAAGAUGGAGGAAGCAAGCUGGGGCCAAUCAACUGAUGGCCUUCAACCAUCUCAUUCCGGGGGGGUUCCCUCCCACCGCCAUGCCGACUCUGCCAACAUAUCAGCUGUCGGAGACAUCUUACCAGCCCACAGCUAUUCCGCAAGCCGUGUCGGAUCCCAGCAGCACCGUUCACAGACCUCAGCCUCUUCCUCCGAGCACAGUACACCAAAGCACUCUUCCUUCGAACCCAGACGGCAACACUGCCUACUGCCUCCCCAGCACCAGGCAUGGAUUUUCCAGCUAUACAGACAGCUUUGUGCCUCCGUCUGGGCCCUCCAACCCCAUGAACCCCGCCAUUGGCAAUGGCCUUUCACCUCAGGUAAUGGGACUCCUGACCAACCACGGUGGUGUGCCCCAUCAGCCCCAGACCGAUUAUGCUCUCUCCCCUCUCACCGGGGGCCUGGAACCUACCACCACGGUGUCAGCCAGCUGCAGUCAGAGACUAGACCAUAUGAAGAGCUUGGACAGUCUGCCAACGUCUCAGUCCUACUGUCCACCCACCUACAGCACCACGGGCUACAGUAUGGACCCUGUCACCAGCUACCAAUAUGGGCAGUAUGGACAAAGUGCCUUUCAUUAUCUCAAGCCUGAUAUCGCGUAAGUGAACUGUCCACUUGCAGCUCGAACUGGCCUUGUUUCCGGUCUCCCCAGCCUACACGUGAAGAAUCUCCUCAGAAAACAAAAAUCAGCUUUUUGGGGGGCGGUCUCGACAGGAGACCAAGAAGAGUGGUUUUUUCUUUUUCUCCCCCCUCCGGUAGUUGGUCUCAAAUUCUUUUGAACAUGUUGGACAAACGCGAUGGAAGAAAGGAAGGCCGGGAACCGUAAAAAGACAAACACAACAUUUGAAGGCAAUGAUUUAACGUGGCUACAUAUCAAAUACCCCAACUCUUCUGUGCUGAUGAUCAAGGAGCUAAAACAUUCCAUUUGUGUGUGCGUGUGUGUGUGUAUGUGUAUGUGUGCGUGAGAUUUAUCUGGACUGGUUCAGGCAAGCAGAAUGUUUCUAAAGUAAAGUCAGAAAGUACUCUAAAGUAUGACAUGUUUGAUGUUUCAGUGCUGACACUUCUACGAUCUUAAAACUGCUCACGUAACGAAGCAGGAACGGAGGAAUCCUUGACCUUUACACACUGGAAAUCGAUGUAAAAAUAAGUGACACCAUUUUUAGGAAGCUAGACUAGAUGUAAAGGACCUCCCAAAUAAAUUAUUUGUGAUCUCA